AUGGCCGAAAACGAGGGCAUCUCUGCCCAAAAUGUGCCGCCUGCACUUGCGGAUGGGAGUUCGGCCGCGGCAGAGAGCAACGAGAGGACACCGCUGUUGGCCGAGACAAACCAGCAGCCCGGCACUAACGACAAUGAACAGAUCAUUAUUGUCGAAGAAGUGAAGGGUGCCAAGCUUUGGAUAAUUCUCUGCUCGUGCUGGAUCGGCGUCUUCCUGGGAGCAAUCGACUCGACCAUCAUCGCCACUCUAUCCGCUCCGAUCUCGAGCGAUUUCAAGUCUCUGAGUCUUCUAUCGUGGCUAGCUACAGCGUACCUCAUCUCGAACGCAGCCUGUCAGCCCAUCUCCGGACGCUUAACCGAUAUCUUUGGCAGGGGCCCUGGCCUCAUCUUUAGCAACAUAUUCUUCGCCGCGGGUAACCUGAUAUGUGGUUUUGCACAGGAUGCCAAUGUCAUGAUAUUUGGCCGAGUCAUCGCUGGAAUCGGCGGCGGUGGGCUCAUGUCCAUCAGCACCUUUCUAGGGACCGAUCUCGUUCCCUUAAGGGACAGGGGAGUUGUUCAAGGGAUAGGGAACAUCUGCUACGGGGUUGGAGGCAUGCUCGGAGGUGUUUUUGGGGGUCUCGUCAACGACAAUUCGGCUUGGGGAUGGCGUCUUGCAUUCCUGGUACAGAUCCCUCCCGUCAUCGUCUCGGCAUGUCUUGUUGCAUAUCUGGUCCGAGUCCCUCCGAAGGUAUCAGAGAAAUCGUACCUGGCCCGCAUCGACUUCACCGGUGCCUUGUCACUGAUUGUGUUCCUCGUCCUCCUCCUGCUUGGUCUCAACGCGGGCGGUAACAUCGUCCCUUGGGUCCAUCCUCUGCCGCUUACCACGUUGCCGCUGUCUCUCGUGGCAUUCGUUGGUUUUGUUUCUUGGGAGUCUCGUGCCAAGCAGCCGGUCAUCCCCGUGCGGCUCCUCCUCGACAGGACAGUUUUCACAGCAUGCAUGACCAACCUUUCGUGCUGCAUGGUUAAUAUGAUGGCCCUCUUCUAUGCCCCGGUCUACCUCCAGACGCGCGGGAGCAGUGCCACAGAUGCCGGUCUGGUGAUCCUGUUUGCUCCUAUCGGUAUCUGCGUCUGCUCAGUCGGCAGUGGAUAUGUGAUGAAGAAGACGGGUCGUUACGUUGGCCUCGGCAUCUUGGCCGUGGCUCUUCAGCUCGCCUGCGUCAUCAUCCUCACGACGCUAAACGAACACUCUCCAAAGUGGCUUAUGAUGGUCGCCUUCCUCCUCCUGGGUUCCGGUCAAGGCGCCAUGUUAACAAUCACUCUGCUGGCCUGUCUCGCGGCCGUCGACCACUCGCACCAGGCGACAGUCACGUCCGCCACGUACGCGUUCCGGUCUGUCGGCGGAACCGUCGGCAUCACUAUCGCGUCCGCCAUCUACCAGAAUGUGCUCAAGACACAGCUUUACGACCGAUUUGGGGACCUGCCGGGCGCCGAGGACGAGAUCCGCAGGAUUAGGGACGACCUGGGGGAGCUGAAACAUCUCCCCGAGGGUUGGUACGAUGGUGUCAUGGCGGCCUUCAUGGAGGCUUUUCGGAGUGUUUGGUUCACGAUGUUGGGACUCAUACUGCUAGGUUUGAUCAGUGUGUCUUUGAUGAAACAGCACAAGUUGCAUACGACGUUGUCGCGUGCGGAGAGGAACUGA